AUGUCAACUGAAGGGUCUAAAUUUCUAAAUUGCCAAUCGAUGUUUCGCGUAAGAUUGGAGGGUCAACAAUACGUUAUAAAAUCUUACAACAUGUAUCAUAACCAUCCGUGUACUAGUUCGUGGAUGGUUUGUGAUCCGUUGAGUAGACGAUUGUCAUCAGAAGAAAAAGAAAACUUGAAACCAGUUAUAUUGCACUGUCAGUCGACGGACGAAGUUAUCAAAAGUAUUAAGGAAAGAACAAGUAAGCAGGUGACCGCUGCUGAUGUCAAAAAUAUGAAAGCUGAACUCUCCACUGGUUGGACUCGGAAGCAGGUAUUGCAGAUGAUGCGACAAAACGGUGAAGUUAGAGAGCCUGCAGAAAAUGGAUGUAUUACGGCGAUAUGCUUCAGCAGUUAUGAUCGGAUACGGCUGUACAAUCAAUAUCCCGAAGUCGUGUGUAUUGAUUCUACUUACAAAACUAAUAAUAAAAA